AGAUUUGAUAACGUAUGGCUGAAUGAUGAAGUCACAGUCAGCAGCACGCUGCACAAAAAUUAGCCUCCACAGAUGUCUCUAAAGAAUGAAUGUCUGUAGAUUACGCUUAACAGUUCCACCUGAUGAAAGCUCACAGCCUGAACAGGGAGCAAAGGAGCCUGAAAGAAAGAAAACCGAGCUCUACCAUGUACCAAAUGGCAUGUCUCCGGGGAGGCUGUCUCAUGGGAUGGUGUAUGGUGUAGUGCACCGAACUGACAACAACCAUAAGAGAGAAAUGGUGGUUUAUGGCUGGUCAGCUGAUCAGCUGAAAGAGGAGAUGAAUUACAUUAAAGAAGUGAGAGCAACUCUGGAAAAAGUAAGAAAGAAAAUGUAUGGUGAAUAUGAUGAAAUGAAACGAAAAAUACAGCAGCUCACGAAUGAACUGAAAGUGACAAAUGCUCAUCAGGAAUCCUUAGAGAAUCAUGUGCGAGUGCAGGCUGCAGCCUUAGAUAGCUUUAGUGAAAUGAACAGCUCCCUGACAUCAGCAUCAAUAGACUUGCAGAAAACUCUAGUGGAUGUUACACUGGAGAACACUGAUAUAAGGGAACAAAUAAGGAAUUUAAAACAUACACAUGAGCAAUCUAUGGAAAAGCUGAGAGAGAAGCAAAAGCAACUGGAAACGGCACAAAUUGAAAAUCAGUUACUGAAAUUAAAGGUGGAAUCCUCACAGGAAGCCAAUGCUGAAGUCAUGAGGGAGAUGACAAGAAAACUGUAUAGUCAGUAUGAGGAAAAAAUGCGAGAAGAGGAGCAGAAACAUAAAGCUGAGAAAGAAAUCCUCCUAGAGGAAACGAAUCGGCUCCUGAAGGCUAUUGAAGAGGCAAAUAAGAAGAUGCAGGUUACAGAGACAAGCAUCCAGGAGAAGGACCAGCGAAUCGGUGAGCUGGACCGCCUGAUUGAGCGCAUGGAGGAGGAACGUCACCAGCUACAAAAGCAACUUGAACUAAAUGAAAUACAGAUAUCUGGAGCAAAAUCUGACAACAGCUCUGACAGUGAAAGGUCACAGCACUUGGAGGAGGUAGCAGCUAGCCUCAGGGAGCGAAUCAAACAUCUGGAUGACAUGGUCCACUGCCAACAGAAGAAAGUCAAGCACAUGGUUGAGGAGAUUGAAAUGCUAAGGAAGAAAGUAAAAGAAAAGGAAUUAUUUAUAGUACAGCUUUUAGAAAAAAUCUCUUUCUUAGAAUGUGAGAAUAAAGAAUUACAAGAUAAAUUGGACUACUUAAUGGAAAACCAACCAAAGACCAGUACAGAAACCAGAGAUACUGGUGUAGGAUGUGAUCUUCCAUAUAGGAAAUUCAUUGCAAGGCUUCCAGAUAAGGGUAAGAAGAUCUCAGAUUUUGCUGAAAAGCUGAAGCUUGCUAUUUUAGAAGAGGAAGAAUUAGAACAAACAGCUGAGCUGUUAUCUGCUGUCAGGUUGAAGUUUCAGGUGAAACAGGAGGAGAUUAAUACAAGCAAACAGCAAGUUACCCUGAAUGAGGCCACGCUAAACUGUGAAGAUUCCUCAGUCUUCAAUGAAAACUCUAAUAUUAAAGAAGCUUCUGAGAUUUCUUCCCAACAGCAGGAGGCAGAAUCUGUUGAGCAAGAUGCCACGAAUGUAGCUCUGGAAAAACAAAGGACUCAGAGGAAAAAUGAUACAGUAAAGACUGUUACAAAAGAACAGAAUCUGGUUUGUGAAGUCAGCUCCAAGUCAGCCACGAGCAGUCAUCUGAAAAAUGAUCAGCGGGUAUCUCAGGGCAAUAUUGAGGAUGGCACAGAAAGUACAGGUGCUUUGGACAACAGUAAAGAUGUGUUGGUCGAUGCCUUUCAAAAAGUUUCAAUUGUAGAUGGGAAUAAUAGUGAAGAAAUGUUGGAAGAAGAGCAGAAUGUGGCUAAACAUAAGGGCAGUAUCUUUGGAAGCCUGCACCCCAAGACACCACAUUAUAUUGAAGUCCUAGAGUCCAGAGCCAAGAACCCAGUCGUAAAAAAAAGCAAAUUUAAAACAAAUGUAUUGUCAGGAGACCCGAGUGGAUCAUCGCACAGUUCCUCAGCCAGCCAGUCACCUGGCGGGUUUGGCUCUCCAGUGACUGCUGAGGAAAGGCGACUUAGAGACAAGAAACAUUUGAAUGACAUCACAGCAGCUCGGCUGCCGCCGCUUCACCAUUCCCCUGCUCAGCUGCUGUCCAUAGAGGAAUCCAUAGCCAUUCAGAUACAGCAGAAAGAAGCUUAUGAGGAAAUGCAAGCCAAGCUGGCAGCACAGAAGCUUGCUGAGAGAUUGAAUAUAAAAAUGCUCAGGUUUGAACCAGAGGGGGAGGCCUCAAUGCAAUACAGAGAAGUGAGAGAUGAAGAUUAUUUUUCAGCAGAGGACUGAAUUCACAGAGGGAUGUCUGAGGAGGAGCCGCAUAACUGAUAUUUAUGCAGUACUUCUUAAAACCCAGACCUGGAUUUGAGAAUGCUUGAUCUAGUAAUUUUUUUUUCUUAAUAUUUUGACAUUACAGCUAUGGGAAGGGUUCACUAUAAACCUUGUAAACAUAAGUGUUAUUAAUCCCAGUGUGAUUUGGGAACGGAUUUUUGAGCACUUGGGGCAGUUAAUUCUUAGGGAUUGCCCCAUAGUUUUCAGCCACAUCACAGUGAGCUCUUCAGUACACUUUUGUAGGCAGUGAUGAGUCAUCUACAAGAAAAGGUUUCUUCUGCACAGAAAUGUGAGUGCAAAGGGCAUCAGCACACAUGUCCAUAAAGUAAGCUAAGGUGCCCGUGAACUGCUCGCAGGUGUGAAAGCUUUUGUGUAGAUGUGAGAUACUUCUUUUAUCUAUUUAAGAUUAUCUUGCUUUUACCAUAUGGUGAAAAUAUGUGUCCAGACUGCUACAAUAAAUACCUGAUAGUUGGACUGUAAGUUAGCUUCUUAUCCCAUGAGAACUUGUUUCUGUGCCAGCACCUAAAAAUAACACUUUCUGCCCUUAUGUUGUAAAUGGGUAAGUUAUUUUGUAACUCAAAUUCUGUUUGGGCUUUAAGGGACUCUGCUGUUUCAUUUUUGGUUGUUACUGCAAAGCACAUGAAGAGAUCAAGUUAGUCUGAAGACUUUAAUAUUUUUAUUAAAGGUCUUGGUGUUUUUCCAUACUUUUGUACACUGCUUUCAUACUUUGGAAUACUAUUUUUUCAUGGUCUGAUACUGUAAAUUAAGAGAUCCACCCUCUGGUUUUCUUGGAGAAAAUGUUCUGUGUAUUUUGAAGUUUCAGCUGUUCUUUGAAGAUAAAAAAAAUCUUCCUUACAAUAACAUCUUCUGCCUUUUAAUAUGAAUUUUGAAAGAUAAGGAACACACCUGAGAAGUCUUUCACAACGAUGUUCCACUGUUGACUAGGAUAUUCCAAGCCUAGUAUGAGUUCAGUUCUGAAGAGCAAACCCGAGAGAUUCCUUGCACGGUCUGGCAGUGCUUGCCCAGAGGCUGCAGCAGCCCUGAGUGCAGGCAGCAGUGUGCACAGCCCUCCCUGGAUGUCUGUGUGUUCCUGCAGAAGUGGGGUCUCUGGAAACCAAGGGUGCUCCAGGUGGGAGUCGCUCAGAAAGCUGCACGCUAUCAUCCAGAGAUGGGGGAUGAAAGUCCCUGCCACUUCAGGAGUGCACACAGCGCUUCUCUGCGGGCAGUAACUCUCUCCCAGGCAGGGCCCGUGGCACAGCCCGUACCCUGGCAGUGCAGUUUGAUGUGGAACUUCUGCUAAGCUAAUAUGUGGUAUUUUUUGACUAGGUCAUCCAUUGUUCAUCUGUGGUGCCUCUUUUCCUGUACCAUUUCAUCUCACAGGUUUCUCAUUUCAUGGGCUUCUCAUCAGCUCUCUGCCUUCCCUUUUCCUUAUAAAACUUCUCCUGUCACUAAAGCAAGUUCAUAUUCUGCAUCUCUGCACCAGCCAUUCCCUUUCAUGGCACGUACCACUGCAUUAACCUUCUGCCAGGCCGUGCAUGCUCCUGCCAUUGCUGCCUUCUGCUUUCUGUAACCCCAUCUAAAUACCAGCGGUGCAUCAGCUGUGCACCUUGCCACCUCCUACACACUUCAGUCACUUGAAUACCCUGCAGUGACCUGAAUGUGGUUUUGUCACAGCUGUGAGAGCCUCCUGCUGAGGCUUUCCUGCCUUAUUUCUGAUUUGGGUUUCAGACUGUGCAGGUAUUUGCUACUUCCAGGCCUUAUAUCCUUUUUACCACCUUUUUCCUGUUUUUUUUACUCUUUUCUGUGCUCUUCAUCCUCCCAGCUUCUCACCAUCACAUCUUUGUCAGCACUAUUUUAUGGCACGUUUUCAGUUGUUCACAUUCAUCCCUCACAUCAGUGUUGAUCCAUCUGAUCCUCAGUUGUAUAUAUUUCUGCCCUCAGCAUCCUCCUGCAGCGUGUGGUUCUGACCCCACAGCCAGUGGAAUGCUCUUGUGGAUGCAGUUCAUCUCUCAAACCACUGUUGUCCAUGCUGCCACCUGCUCAUCCAGCCGGGUCCUGGCAUCAGUCCUCUGUUAUUUCAGUCUGGUGUAACUGCACAAGGACAAGAGGCCCCAAAAGUGUAUUGGCUUUCCCUUUGCUGUUGCAUGAAGCACAAGUUACCCCUUCCAGGCCUGUUUGCAUCUCUCCCCCUUGCUAAUAUCAUCCCCCUUGUCCCUGUACUGACUGUGCUGUCACACCUUUUUACUGUGUGUGGUUCUCCAUGCUGGCUUUUUUUUUGUGCUAAAAGUCCUUGUGGAAGAAAGUGCUGCAUGAAUACAAACCCAAGCUGAAGGUGUGAGGUUUAAGUUACUGCUGAAGGGUUUGUACCACUGCAAAACCUGAAAGUUUUCAUAGGGGGUUGUUGGUCCUAGGUUCUGAGCACAGGUAUGUGCUUUGAAUUAAGAUUUUGUCAGUGAUGAGAAAGCAAAGAGUCAGGUAUCGAGUCCUAUGUUAAGGAGGAUGCGCAAUCCAGGUGUUUGUAAAAGGUUUGGAGAAUAAGAGGAUGAAUCAUGGAAUGGUUUAGUCAUACUGAAUUAAGUUUCUGAUCGGCUGUGGUAUUGCUGUUAUGUAUUUCACUGUUCUCCAGUUCCAGAACAUUUUAAAAUGUACACAGAAUUGAGGAGCUUGCUCUGAUUUGGGGGAGUGGACUGUUUUAUUGGAGUGGGCUGUUAACCCAGUAGAAAAUAAAGAAUUGGUAAUAUGUUUCUGAAGUUCCUCAUGUGAAUAAUGCUUUGUUUUGACCAUGUAAAGUUUGCAGCCAAAUUUUAGAGAAAAGCAGAACCUUUUGCUUCAGUGCUCCACAAGGGAAGCGCUGGAGAUGGAGUUAGGAGACAAUUACUGUGUAGAGAAAGAAAACUUCUGGGAAUGCAAAUGGAUGAGAAAAGAUCUGUAAGACCUAAAGCUUGACAGUUGUGCAGGUCUGAAAGAUGGCACAGAGACAGGGCUUAAGUGGUGUGCUGCAAGUCUACGAGCUGUAGAGCACGUGAGGCAGUACCUGUGCAGCAGCAGCUGUAGUCCCUUGGUUUUUGCAUUGUUAGAAGUACCUGAGCUCCAACCUGCACAGAAUAAAAGCACUAUAACAGCUUCUGCUCACAGCUGUAACGCUUCUUGGGGGAGAGAACAUGCAGUCUGGUUUGCCAGCUGUGGUGAUAACAUGAUCUAGAGGUUUUAGCAGUCUAAAAGUUAAUGUUAUUUGGGAAAUAACAUUUGAAAGAGCAAGGACCUAAAUGCUGCCAUACUGAAUUAUUUUGAGGGACUAUAACUAAGGUAGAAAGGAUGCAUAAGCUUUUCCUGGUUUUUGGAGUUAGACCUAGCUGACAGGCCAGCAGUUCUGUUAGCAGAACUGUAGCAGUUCUUGUAGGCUUGCCGACUGCUCCUAAGGGCCACACGAUCAAAAAGGGUCUGUAACAGUAAGCUGCAAGUUCCCGCGUGGAGGAAAUGGGGCCUGCAAAUUGAGAGAAUUUGAAAACCAUGGCUCUGUGCUGUGGGUUCCAAACCUGCCACAGGGAUGCUGUAGCAGGAGUCUGGGAGAAGAAUAUCCAGAUGCUACAGAAUGAUGAAUUGAAACUUUGGGGGGAAGCCGUGGCAGAGGCUGGUGGCAGAGGCUGGUCGUGCUCCGUGUCAGCCCCAGGCAGCGGUUGGGGGUUUCUGUGUGGAACUCGCAGACACACCACAAGCUGGCAGCCUUUACCAGCCUGGUGGAGGGGGUAGGACCAGAGUAGCCCGGGUUGUAGGUGGAGAUCUGGCUGGCUGGUUGUUUUGUGCAGGUCCCUUAGGGAGCAGUGCCCUGGAUCCAGGAGGCGGACUCAUCUCACUUGUGCACCACGCUGGGUUUGGCUGGUGAAGAUGAUCUCUGGUGGGACCCCGUUCAGAACAUUUUUGGUCUCAUUUGAGUGGCGUCUGGCUCAUCCUCUGCCGUUAGCAAGUUAUGCCUGCAAGGGGUGUCCUUGGGCCAGGGGAGCUGCAAUGAAUUCUUGGCCUUUUAUAUCAAGUGGAUGGCAUGACGGGGACAGGGUAUGGGAGUCCUGUGUAGGAGGGAGCUGUGCCCUGCUCUGUGGACUCUGCUGUUGGAAAAGGUGGCUGUUCUCUGCCUUGCCAAACUUGCUUAUCUUUCAGAGCAGUAUAAGAAGGAGGUGUAAUUUUUCAAAAGUGUUCUGUAAGGACAAGCUUUUCAGGGAGUAGGUCUUGCAUGGUGUGGUCUUGUUCCAGGGAGGUGCGAACUGAACUGUUUUUUUGCUGAGUUUUGUGGUGCAUGUUUUGUUGCAAGUCUACUGCUCUUAGGGUGGUAUGCGUGGAGAUCACCACUGAGAUUUCCUGGUUUCCUAAUGUUUGUUUUUAGGUUGUGAACUCCCACGUUCUGGGAGAGAAAGGGAAGUAGAAAAGACAGCUGUGUGAAAACAACAUUUAUUUUGCCAUGGUAUUUUUUUCUUUUUCAGUAAGCUAACAAUUGUGUUUUAUUCUCAUACUUCUGCAGUGCUGUGUCACUGCUGACAUCAUGGCAGGCAAAUGUUAGCUGACUCUAGUCCAGACAUUUUACAUUCACAUUGACUUGCCGUGGGAUAUGAGUGUUUCACUCCAUUUGACUCUUUCGUAAAUACUGUAAUUAUUAUUCUAUAUGUAGGCAAAGCUUUAGAGGUAUUUAGUCAUCUCUUGUUUAAAGCAACUGUUUGGAUCAUUUGGUUAUUAAGAUUUCAUUAAAUUGGCCCUUGAUUUGGUGAAGCAUGAAAGCAUGUAUAGAAGUCAAAGCUUGAUUCCUCUAGGAGUGUUUAUGUGCAAGUGCUCUGUUGAACUGGGACAUUGGCUCUGUGUUUUGUUUAAUCUCCUUGUGCAAGGGAAUUUGUGAAUAAGAGUUGUGAACCAAUUACUGAAUGUGAGGAGAUGACACAAAUGAGCACAGUGAAAUGUGUGUGGGAAGCAAACGGAUUUUCAGCUUGCUAGAGUCAUUGAACUAAGUAUUUCAUUUUUAAUCAUCUGAGUAAAUGUGUCCUCCAGCAGUAAGUAUAAGAGAGAUUUCUUGACAGAGACACUUGUAAGAAUUUGUACUGACACCGUCCUUGCUUUUCUUUCAGGCUUGAUAUUGGGGACCAUAACUGCAUCACGCAUGAACUGGCACAUCUCCACUGAAGUCACUGGGGAGAUAAGAGGGGCCAUAAUGCUUACUGAACAUAUCCAUACUCCCUCCCUCUAUCCACACAGCUGAUAGUAAUGCAGUUGCUUAUCACAUCGAGGCAGUGGUAUAAUGUGGCAAGUAGUUGCAGUCCAAGGUUUGGCUGAGUCUCUGAAGCUGAGCACUUGACAGGACAUACUCUUUGUACACUUCUCCUCAACAGAAAUUUCAGUUGCAAAAUUUCUGUCCAUGUUUUUCUUCUUUCGUUUUUUGUUUGCUUGAUUUUUCUAAAAAAAAAAAAUAAAUCAAUUUCUCAAUUGUUAGUUGAUGCUAGUAACAUACACAUUUCAUUUACUCAGAGAUCAGUCAGACCGUGGUGGGAGUACUGUAGCUCUGGGUGUAACAGCACGCGGUCUCCUGCAUCCAUCUCUGAAUUGAAGCUCUCUCCUGCGCUGCCCUCCCAGUGCGUGGAGGCUGCGUGCAGCUCGGGCUGCAGGGAGCCCAAAUUCUGGGACAAAACUUGUGAUUCGGCAAGAGGCUAUGGGAUUUUUUUACUGCACACACAGAAUCACAGCGGAAUCUGGAGGUGCAGUGACACCUUUGUAGCAGGUGUCAGUAAGGGAGAAGGCCUCUCAGCGAGGCUGGCCGCGAGGCUGUUAGGGCUCUUUCGGGAAGGUGGAUAAAGCUUCCCCAGCUGACAGGGUCAGGAGAGAAGCAAAUUGUAUAAUCAGUGAGAUUUACAUUUCCAAGUCCUUUAGACCAUUAUCCAUCGAAGUUGCAAGGUGUCUGUCUCUUGCUGAUCAAUUGGAACUAGAAUAGGUGACAUUCCUCACCAAGAGGGGAACCGGUGUUAGUGCCUGGGUACGAACGUGAGAACAUGAAGUGGCAUUGGCACUAUUUUCUUCAGCCAUUUUAUAUCUCUACUUCCAUUUAUACUGAAUUGAUUUUCUUCUGUUUUCUUACAAGUCUUUAAAAAUAAAUCUUCCAGAAUUUUUCUACAAACCAAAUGAACCAACUGGCUUUGGGCAACAGAUAAGAGCCGUGUUAGCCAACUCUUCGCAUUUGAAUGUAGGACGUCUUGAGAGACUGUGUGAUAAGCUCUUUCUGUUUAAGUCACUGUUAUGAGCGGCCUGUGUUGUCUCCUGGUUACUAUAAAAGUCUCAGUGUAAUUGUGGUUUCCAGAGUUACAGAUCUAUCAACUCCAUUUGUAAUUACGUGUGAAAUUACUUUGUCAUUGGCUUUCCUCCUGCUUUUUCCUGAAGGGGAAAAAAAAUCCAACAGAUUCACAAAAUCUUUAUUAUACAUAAUAAUAUUUUCUUUACUGACCCAAGUUAUUUCAUAUUGGUUAGAAGUGCUUAUUCCCUGGUUUCACUUGUAUUUCUCUGAGCUGCUUCAAAUUGGCAUUGUACUGAUUGUAGUACUGCUUUAAUGAUAGCAGUGAUGAUAAAUAUUAUCCUUGCGCAGACAUUGGGCAUCAUCAUGUGUCAUGUCUGCAGACCAGUUUUUUGCCUGCACGGCAGAUUUUUGUGGCUGUGAGCCAGGAAUUUUAAUGAAAGAAAACAUCAAAGAUGCAGAAGAAAUGAGAAUAUUAGUCAAGGAAGAUACACAGUGAUGCUCUCUGAUAACCUCUGGUAAUUGACAUUAGAACUAUGUGGGAGCAACUUAAAUAAACAUCUGGACACCGAGUUUAGACAUUUCCAGUGACAAAACCCAGACAGAUCUUCUGGACUUGCAAUAAUAAAUAUUUCAGCACAGUCCACAUGAAUCAACUUAGAAUUCUGUUUUCAAUUAUUCUAGUUUUAUAAAUAUAUCAUAGUUAAUUAUUCAGGGAUAGAAUUUCUUUUGAAGAUUAAGGAAUUUGAUGUUUGCUUCAUUCACAUAAAGUUCCAUUUUUUAUUUAUAUCAAAUUUACUUCUGUUUGUACAAAACAAUAGUGCAAGCUUGCCAAGAGCCAUUAAAACAGAAAGCAACUGAACUUUUCCUGGGGUGGAAGGGCCUUUUCUGAAAGCCCUGGCAGCGUACCAUAAUUCAUUCCAGCUAUGGUAACCACUUAAAUUGUCCCAAAAAGAAAAUUAUAAAUAAUAAUUUUUAAAAGUCAUUCUCAAUAUUUUAAAAGAUUCUUUCCAUAUAUUUUUUUUUACUUUUCGUAAUGUGAUAGUGCUAAGAACGUGGAAGAGAUGUUGGUAUGUACCAAACUAUUUAAAAGAGGUAGCAAUGAAGCUCCAAGGCUGAAUGAAACACGGGUUGAAGUCCAGCUCUGAUCCUGCUGUUACGACUGUGAUGAGGGAAUGGCUAGUAAAAGCGUGCUCAGGUUUUGUGCAACUUUUGUAUUCCUUAGAAAAGCCUCUAGUGUGGGCGGUAAUUGCCAAAUCACUUAUUUCAGAAGGAAUUAAUCAUGUCUCUGAGUUUGAAGAGUUAUUUACACACUACAUUAAAAUGACUACAUUCAUGCUUUUUAAAAAAUUAUUUUUAUUUUGAGGUGGUCUCUGUCUUUGUUGCCAGGGGCCCUGGACAAGCUGAGGGAUUCUUCUGAAGAGUAUUGAGGCUUUAGUAAUCUUCAUUGCCUCUUUCAGUUUAAUUUAUGCUUCCUCACAGCCCAGGCUGUCAACAUCAGCACAUGUUCCUGCAGUUUCCUACCUGGGCUGUUCCUGGCAGCAGCAUUAGUGUAAGCUGGCUGCUGGUGUUGUUGAGCCACUGGUUGGGUUAUGCUAUACCUACAGGUUAAGAAGGUUUCAGGGAACUGCAGUGUUAGCCAGACCUUUCAGAGGUGGAAUUGUGUUUGAGUGCAGUUCAGAAAGUCCCUUACACACUAGCUGUCAAACUGUUGUGUCCCGCGUCAGGCUGGGGUUCAUGUGGCAGUUCAGGUUAGAAGGGGCCUCGGGAGUGCUCUUGGCCAACCUCCUGCCCACAGCAGGCUCAGCUCAGAGGCCCCGUGAGGUUGCUCAGGGCUUUAAUCUAGUCUGGUAUUGAAAACCUCUGAGGACGGAGAUUAUACAGCCCGUCAGGGUAACCUCUUGUAUGUAUGAGCGUCGUCCUGGCAGGGGGUGGAAGAUUUUCUUUAACCCCAGUCUGAACCACUCUUGUUUCAGCUUAUGCCUGGCUCUGCCCAUUGAUAGGUGCUGGAGGGCUGCUGUUCAAUCCCCUUGAAGCCUCCCCUUCUCCAGACUGAACAGGUACACCACUGCCUCAUGCAGCUUGAUUUUUACCAAGACCCUCGGAGCCUUUUCAGCAGGGGAGCUUGUCAUUUCUGGACACAUCACAGGUGAGCACAUUAGGAAGCUGCAGGCUGAAAAGAGAAUUGUAUUAUUCAGUUCUAUCACAGCUCUCCCAGAUCAAUAAAAUAUGUUUUCUGCUUUCAUAUUUUGGAAAAAAAACCCAGCCUGGUUAUCCUGAUCUGAGCCUAUCUAAAACUUCAAUGUCCAUUAAAAAAAGAUAAUUUGUGCUUUGUAACCCUUUCUGUGUACUAUAAAAAUGAUGGAUAAGGAAGCACAGUGAAAGCUGUAAAUCAGUCUUCAGUCUGAUAAUCUAAUAAGAGCAUCUCUUCAGCAGUUUUACCUCUUGCUCAUUGAUCUAUAGCUUCGUAAUUAAUUUCCCCUAGUUUUAACCUUAUUUUUAUUAGAACACCUAAUUCCUUAUUGCUAAAACUAUGCACCGGAAAUUUGUAGUGUUAUAGUUCAGACAGUGUAACCUAUUCAUUGUUAAAGGAACACAGAGGAGGAAGACAAGUUAUUUAGACAUUUAUUACUCAGAGAUGCAUUUGAGGAAAGACAGAGAAUAAAGCUGAAUGGAUAAAGCUAAGAAGAAAAUUUAGAUUGUAACUAUUAAGCAAAAGCUUUUGUAACAGAGAGUUACCUGCUGAAUGAUCCUCUGUGGGGAAGCGUUAGGUUCCCAGCUGCAGGUGCUUAAAACUCCACUGGACAAAGUACUGCCUGCAGAGACCAGGUCUGUGCUGCCCAGGGGAAGGGCUAGUCAGGAUGUGGGGCUCUUGUUCUGUGUGCUGCCCCGUGCCACCGCUGCAGCACACCCUCCUCUACCAGGGCAGCCACUGUGUCUGAUCUAUUUCUGAUUAAAACCUGAGGAUCUGCUUUGGCUACCUUAACUCCCCUGUUGCUCAUCAGAUCUUGAAUCUGAAAGACGUUGACAUGUCUGGUUUCCUCCUCCAGUUUUGUUUUCUGAUCUUCCUGAAAGGAAGGGACAGUCUGAGUAACUGCCUUACUUAUCAGCUGUGCCCUGAUCCAACAUUGAUUACUUUUUCUCAAGAAUUAAAAAUGCUGAUAGAAAACAGUAAUAAAAUUAACUUACAAUUAUUUGUAGCAGAUGUAAAUUCUCUUUAUGUGUUCUUUUUGUGCUUUGUGUAAAGGGAAAAGAGCUGGAGCUGUAUGCCUUGACCCCUCCUUUGCCUCAAACUGCCAUGCAGUAGAGAGGAAGUGAACUUUAUAGGUUUGUACUUAGUGGCUGUUGAGACACUUGACAUUUGUACGCUUAAAAUGUUAAGUCAUUCCUCUGGGUAUUUUUAUUUCCUAAAUUAUUAUAAAGUUUUGUAGAGAUCCAAAGAUUACAAAUCUUUAAGUACAUACAUUACAAGCUGAUUUUUGUACUUGUGUGCCACAUACCUACAUUAUAUGCAGAGAAAAUAAAGAAAAAGAAAGCAAGAUGUAGAAAAAUGUUAAUCAAGGAAAUAUUUCAUUCGAUGGUAAAGCUACAAUUUGCUACUUUAUAAAUAGCACUUUGGUU